AUGUGGGCAUGUCCAAUCGGCUUCUCCGCAGAUGGUGCCAGGGCAGCGCAGUGCUGUGAGUGGACAGAGAUUGUCUGGGUGGAGGAGUUGGUGUCCCACCGCCAGGAAGUCCUGGUGCCCUGUACCAGCCUCUACCACCACCUCCAGUUGGGCUGGCGCCUGGGCCCACCCCCAAUGGCGCACACUGGACUCACUUCUGACCUUGGGCUCUGCCCCAUCUACAGGCUCCCAGAAACCCGGCCUGCCACUGAGACUGGAAUCGUGAAGGCUUGCUGCCCAGGCUGGGAGGGCACCCGCUGUUCCCUGGCCGGCCCAGCCCUCAAAGAAUCUCACCCCGUGGGCUACUGCUUUGCCACAGGGCGGUGUGGGAUGCCUAGAAGAGGGCGGUACCCAAGCCUGGGGGCACAGCUGGCAAGACAGCCUCUCCCAGGCCUGCUCUGCUGCUCUGGCCAGUUCCUCACAGGCAGCACCAUCACCCUGGCCCCCCUGCAGCCACUGGUGGGGACCGUGAACCAGCUGUGGAGCCAGCACCAGUGCCCCUCAACCACCUACGCCACCUGGUCCAGCUUCCAAUUCCUAGGCCGCUGCAUGUACCUGCGGGCAGGCGCGCCUGACUCCAGCUGGGCUGUCCACCUCCUGCCCAGCAUCCUCCUCCCUGUAGGGCUGAGUCUGCAGUGGCAGGGCGACUGGCUGGUGCUGUCAGAGGGUCUGGGGGUCAUCGUGCAACUGGAUGGAGCUGGCUCUGUGUCCGUCUCCCUGGACCCUGGUACCCUGCCUCACCGCCUAGCCUCAGAUGACUUUUUGGAGCCAGAUGGGGGCCUCGCAGCGUUAGCUGCCACCUUCGGGAAUUCCCAGGAUGUGUGGAUGUCGGAGGUUGCUCCAGGCUGCAAGGGGUCCCUGGGGGAUGAAGAAGAGGUGGCCCGGCUGCGGGCUGAAGCCCAGGACAUUGCCACAUGUCUUUUCAGGGAGUGCCACGUCCAGCGCCCACCACGGAGUACCAUGAGGCUUGCCAGAGGCACAGCGGCCAGCAGGCAGGCGGGGUGGAAGGAGGCUGUGUGUGCAACCCUGGCCAGCUAUGUCCGGCAGUGUGCCCAGGAAGGCAUCUUUGUCCACUGGAGGAGGACUGGCUUUUGUGAGCAUCUGUGCCCUGGGGGCCAGCUCUACAUGGACUGUGUGUCCUCCUGCCCACCCUGCUGCAAGGCGGUGGGUGAAGGCAGGGAGGAGUCCUGCUGAGAUGGAUAUGUGAGCGGCUGUGAGUGCCCCGUGGCCUGUCCUGGGACAGCGCUCUCUUGUGUAUCUCCUGCCGGAUGCCCCUGCUACCACCUGUGCCAGCAUUAUGCCCCAGGGAACAUGGGACCCCAGCUGUGCGGCUCCUGUGUGUGCCAGGACGACCGCUGGCACUGUGCCCAGGCCGCAUGCCCAUUCGAAUGUGCCCUGAGCGCUGAUAGACACUUCACCUUUGAUGGCCGGAGCUUUUCUUUUCGGAGCAGCAAAGGCUGCGGCUAUGGCCUGGUGCAGGACCACAUGAGGGGGCAGCUGCUGAUGGAGCUGGAGCUAGGAGACUGUAAGUCUGGGAGCUGCCUCCACACCAUCUCUGGUGGGGGUGGGGGGCACGUCCAGCUCAGGGACUCAGGCAUGGUUCUGGAGGAUGGGCAAGAGGUGGCUGUGCCCUAGCAUGGGGAAGGGGGCCUCAGCAUCUCCCGAGCCUCUUCUAGCUUCCUGCUGCUGAGCUGGUCAUGGGCCCAGGUCCUCUGAGUGUCUGAUCCCACGACUUACAUCUCUCUGGAGCCCCGCUAUGCCCACCGGGUGCAAGGUCUGUGUGGCACCUUCACUUGGAACCAGCAGGGUGACUUCCUGACUCCUGCUGGGGACGUGGAGACCAGCAUAGCUGCGUUCACCAGCAGGUUCCAGGUGGACGGCGCUGGGAGGUGUCCCCCAGGGGAUGCAUCCCCCUCGGAGGCAGCUUGUGCCAUCCUGCACACUGACCCAUUUUCUGACCCCCAGGAGUGCCACAGGCUGGUGGACAGGGAGCCUUGCUGGCAGCGUUGCCUGGCAGCUGUAUGUGGCGCUGUCACAUGUCCUGGUGGCCAAAACUGCAGGAAACCUGAGAACUAUGCACAGCUGGGUGGCUGUGUGUCUGGGUAUAACUGCCCUCCAGGGCUGCUGUGAGACCCCGCAGGCCCGUGUGUGCCCCCCAGCCUGUGCCCCUGCUGGCUGGGAGCCCAUCGCCAUGGCCCUGGCCACACCGCCCUGAAGGACUACACCCUCUCCUGCCUGCUCACCUGGGACAGGUCCAGUACCAAGCACAUCUGCCCUGUGGGCAGCACUGAGGGCUGUGUCUGCCCCCUGGCACCAGGCUGCUGGAAAGUCAUCUCCAGCCAGGAUAAGCUCUGUGUGCCCACUGAGUACUGCCCCUGCUACCGCAGUAGGCGAUGGUACCCACCCAAUGCACCCCUCCAGGAAGACUGCCAUGUCUGCUUGUGCCAGAGCCAGAGGUGGCACUGUACUGGGCACCAGUGUGGAGGGCACUGCCAGGCCUCAGGCACCCCCCACUAUGUGACAUUUGAUGAGCUGGCGCUGACCUUCCCUGGGGCCUGUGAGUACCUGCUCGUAGGAGAGACCAAAGGCUGGUUCUGCGUGUCGGCCCAGAACCCGCCCUGUGGAAGCAGGGGUCUUACUUGCACCAAAGCACUCAGCCUACAGCUGGAAGGCACCGUGGUGCACCUGCUCCGAGGCUAGGCUGUGACAGUAAAUGGGGUGCCUAUCUCACCCCUCAGAGUCUAUACAGGCCCUGGACUGAGGCUGCGCCAAGCUGGUCUCACCCUGGUGCUCAGGACCCACCUUGGCCUCAGCUUGCUCUGGGAUGUAGGUCACACCCUGCUAGUGUACCUGCCUCCCCAGUUCCAUGGUCACCUGACAGGAUUGUGCAGAGACUUAGAUGGAGAUGCCAGCAAUGACCUGAAGAGCCGCCAGGGUGUCCUGGAACCCACAGCUGAGCUGGCCGCCCAUUCCUGGCGCCUCCAGCCCCUCUGCCCCUAGCCGGGAGAUCUGCCAUAUCCCUGCACCCUGAGGGAUAGGGACUGGAGCCUGUGUGUGAAUGCCCACUGGGCCUCUUGAGCCAGGGCUUGCUGUGGGGCACUCCUGCAGCCUCUCUUCACUGGGUGCCACGGCGAUACCUGCCAGAGACACUAUGAACAGUGUGUGUACAACGCCUGCAGUGUCUGUGCUCAGCCUCGCUACCUGCUACCUGCGCGGUUGAGUAUGCUCGCUAGGCUGGGAAGCUGCCUGCGCUGGCGUAGCCGGGAGCUCUGUGGGUUUCAGGGAGAGAAUGCACGGCUGUGUGUUGGUGUCCUUUACCUCUCUCCCUCUGCCCUGCACAUGUAUGACGCCUGUGGCCCCAUCUGUCCCCCCACCUGCCAUGACCAAGCUCCUGAGCCCGAGUGGUACUGCCACGUGGAUGCAUGCGUGGAGGGCUGCUUCUGCCUGGAGGGUACCCUGUUACAUGGUAUGGAGAUGAGGAGGGCCAGGACCAGGCAUCAGCGCUCUGAGUCCACCUGCGUGUCCUGUGCCACCCCAGGCUGCGGGGAGGCGCAGUCCUCCUGAAGCUCUGGCCGAUGCCUGCCCGUGACCCUCCGCUGUGAUGGGCACCAAGCACAUGAGGAGGACUGCCCGUGCCCCCAGAAUUGCACCUCCGAGGAGGUGUCCUGCGGGGAUGAGAGCUGCGUGGGUGCCUUCCAGCUGUGUGACGGAGUGUGGGCCUGCCCAGACAGAGAGGCUGGGCCUGGCCACUGUCCUCUCCCCUCUCUGCUGACGCACCCCCCCCCCCCGCUGACUCCCUGGAAACUGUGUCAGCUUCCUCAGGCAGUGUGGGACCUGGUGAAUGGGAUUCCAGAACUGGCGCCCGCCUGCAGCCCGACUGAAUUUGCUCGCGGAAGCGGCGAGUGCGUCCCACGGGGCUGGCGCUGCGACCACAAAGAGGACCGUGCUGACCGCGGCGACUAACGCGGCUGCGCUGAGCUGGAGCCCGCGCCUGAACAGCGCGCAGCCUCGCCCCACCACGAGCAGGCCCCGCCCCUCAAGGUCUCAGCCGGCCUAUCGCCCCACCCCGCUCAGUCCAUCCCCUCUCUCUUCUCCCCACCUUCGCCCUUUGGGCGGCUGGGAGGCGGUGACCCCAGCUCCUUUCCUCCGGGCUUACCUGCUGCACCCACUCCCUGGGCUCCAAAAGCCUCCUCUGUCGUCUCCUCCAUCUACCGGCUUUGCCAUGGGACCCAGGACUGUCCCCAGGGCGAAGUUGAGCUGGAGGGACGGUCCCCUGCCCUGAAUACUCCUGCCCAGAUGGUGCCUGCAUUGGUGUCCAGCUGCUGGAUGUGUGGGCCUCCCUGCUCACCCCUGAUGUUGCAGCUCUGCCCCGGCCCAGACCACCAGUCUCAGCCUUGCUUCUCAGCAGCCAGUGCUGGACAUCCACUGCAAGGCCUGCAGCCCUGGAUCAAGGGAGAGAACCAGACAGCCCACCCCAUGGCCACUCUAGGCCCAUCUACUGUCCCCAGCUCCCAGAUCGGACCUCCCCUUGCUACCUAUCUUCUGCCUCUACCAGGAGACCCUUGCUAUUCCUCACUGGGCCUGGCUAGACAGACACCCCAAGGGGAAUUGCAUGCUGUGCCCCAGCAGUUGGAACACCUGGCCUGGGCUGCUUCUCAGGGUGCUCCCAUUAAGGGGAGCAUUGGGGAUACCAACUCUUGGCCAUACACCCCACCCUUGUUCCUGCGCCUUCUUGCAGGGGGCAGGGACCUUCAGCUUCUCCACUGGCUCGAGGACCUUGAUGUUCUGGGUGGCGCCCUCCUCAUGCCCCAGGCAUUCUGGGGGAGAUGGGAUGGCUGGACCUCGGCUGUGCGGACCUUUGUCCAAAUGGUACAGGCACGGCACGUGCGGGUCUGGCCUCAGGGCCCUGCCGGUGACAUUUCUCUGCGGGUGGAGCUACUCGGCUGUAAACCAGCAUCCCCACCGUUGUCGCCCGCCUGCCUGGGCGCUGGGCCGCUGUGGGCCAGCGGUGAGUGUGCCCUUAGCGGGGCCGGGUACAACGGCAUGGAUGACUGUGUGGACCGUUCGAAUGACGAAGGCUGCGGGAUCGGCGCCGGCAGGUGCCUGCAGGCCCCAGUGUGCAACCGAGGCCCUUCCCCGUCCCGCAUUGCGGUGCUGGGCUUGAGCUCUGUGCCCUUGCUGGUGCCCACAAUGACUCUGCAUGGACUUCCGGCCACCUGCUCCCCAUGACAGCUGCACUAUGGCAGUGGGGAAUGCCUUUCUGAUCCUCGGCAUUGUGACCUGCCCAACUGCCAGGAUGGCUCCAAUGAGCAUGACUGUGUGGACUGUAUGCUGGCACCCUGGUCUGGCUGGACUCACUGCAGCCACAGCUAUGGGCCAGGCCUCGUUGUCCAGCGCUGGCAGCUGCUGCGGCCCCCCUUGCCUGGGGACAGCUGCCCACUGGAUCAUGACCACAGUCGGUCCUGCUUCCUUCAGGCCUACCCAGUGGCUGAAGCAUGGACUGUGUGGGAGGCCGGGGGGCCUGGAGGGUUUCCUGUGGGCCAUCGGAGUCACAGAAGGAGCUGUGAGGACCCCCCACCCAAGAACAGUGGCCCCUGCCCGGGGGUCUCCCAGAAGAGGGCACACUGCAGCUUGCAGCCCUGUGGAGGUAGCACCAACUGUGGGCUGGGCCGUGUGGAUGUGGAUGCUGGGCUGUGCCAGAAGGGCUUGGUGGCCUGGUGCCCACUCACCUGCCUGGACCCCAAGACCGACAGAAAUUGCAUCGGGCACUGUCUGGAGGGAUGCCGCUGCCCACCCAGGCUGCUCCUGCAUGCUAGCCGCCAGCCCCUCUCUCAGUGCCCCUGCCUCACGGGGGGAGCCGUUGAAAGCCCCGGCGAGCCCUUUCUGCUGGACAACUGCAGCCAGUGCAUCUGUGAGGAGGGGGCUCUCCGAUGUGAAUCCCAGGACAGUCCUGUGCCCUGUGGCUGGUCCCCUUGGUCCCCCUGGGGUCCUUGUGACCCCUCUUGUGGCCCCGGAAUGAGGGCCAGGUUCAGGUCUCCCUCCAAACCUCCAGCUGCUCCUAGGAGCACCCUAUAUGAAGGGGCCAGGCAGGAACUGAAGGCUUGCCACACGGGCUGCGGUACAGAAGUGCAGGGCUGGACUCCCUGGAUAGCCUGGUCUCCCGGUAGCUGGAGCUGCCUUACCCCUGGGGGUGGCCCUGGAUGGCGAAACCAGUCCCGGGUCUGCCCUGGCCCCAGGCCCGUAUCCUGCCCAGGAGGAGCCCUGAAGCCCCCUGUGUGCUCAGACCUCAUGGCUCUUUGUCCUGCCCCAUUCCUGUCAGUGCAAAGUGUCUGGGGCCCCUGGACUCCUUGGUCCACUUGCUUAGUCACCUGUGAUGGAGGCAUGCAGCUGCUCUGCCCCCUUCUCAGUACCUUCACUCCCAACCCUGAGGCCCAUUCAUCGAUUCCACUAGCUCAGUGCCCCAGGAACAUGUUGUUCCGCUCAAAGGAACAAUGCCGCCAGAAGGGUGGCCCAUGCCUUCAGCUGGGCAUGGCCCAGAGCCCUGGGGUGGAGUGCACCAGUUUUCGUGCCCCUGUCCCCCGUGCCUGCCUCCCCGGCCUCUUCCUGCACAAUGGGAGCUGCCUGCCAAGCCAGUGUCCCUGUCAGCAACAUGGGUUCCACGCACCCGGAGCAGUAGUACAACUGGAUUCCUGCAACAACUGGGCAGCGUCCCUCCGCCGCCCUAACUCGAGGGCACGAGGCUCCCGGGCCGUGUCAUCCCCUGCAGGGCCCCAGGAGUCUAGUCCACAGGUGGUGGCUGCAGCGUACCCUGAGGCAAGGCCGCUGGGAGAGGGGGCGGCCUGGAGGCAGUGGCGGGGUCAGCACGCCCCCGAAAGCGGGGCCAUAGAGCCCAGAGUAUCGGGGAAGGCGAGGAGCCCGCCGUCCCCCCGCGUUCUCAGCUGUUACCCAGGAGCCGGCAUUAUCGACACGCCACUACCGAUGGGCUCACUGCCCGCCGCACCCACCUGCCUCCUCUCCUCAGGACCGGCUCUUACCUCCCCGCCACUGCAGAUAGCGCCUCCUGCCGGCCACGCGGGUCUUGAAAUGGAGACGAUCGAGAGCGAGUGCGGGCGGAGCUUCCGCUUCAGCCAAUCAAUGAUCUAG